AUGACAGCCCUUAUCUCCACACUGCAAUUGCUCUUCCUUGGGGCUCUGAUUCCCCCCGUCUAUUUGCAGGAUCCUUGUCAACUUAUCCAGAAUACCACUAAUCCUGGCUCUUACAAUCUAUCUGUGAACCCUGCUGUCUACAUGGCAAACACAAACUACAGUGUAACCAUCAGUGGAGUCGUGGGCGGCAGCUUGGUUUUCCUGCAGGCCCUCAAUUCCCAGAAGUCCUCUGUGGGCCAGUGGGAAGCUCCAGUUGUGAACUGCAGCAACAGCCUAUCAGUAGUGCAGCAAAAUAUCACCACCACAGCCACAGUGCAAUGGAGAUCUCCAACCAGUGGGUCAGCCCCUGUGGAAAUAAGGGUGCUUGUGACUUUUUCCAAUGACUCUGCCCUUCCCCAGCUCCAGAAGACAACCCUGAAUACAGCAUCUACAGCCUCCCCUGGAUCGACAACAAACACACCCACCACACCUGCCAGCACCACCAGUUCGGUCUCCACGGUGCAGGCCAGCUCCUUCCUCCUGGCAGCCGUCCACCUGCUGUCCCUCUUUGUUACUGGCAAACUGUUCUCCUAG